AAAAUCGUUUUGAGUGCUGAGGAACGUUGUGUUUCCGGUGUUGUGUUUGAGUCCGGAUAUAUUUCUGAGGAACACCGAGUGUUGAGCGUGGUGGCUAAAGUGCGGAUUAACAAAGCAUCUCUUCAGGAUGAUUAUCCCAGUGCGAUGCUUCACCUGCGGGAAGAUUGUGGGCAACAAGUGGGAGGCUUAUUUAGGUCUCCUUCAGGCAGAGUACACAGAGGGUGAUGCUCUGGAUGCUCUUGGACUGAAGCGGUACUGCUGCAGGAGGAUGCUGUUGUCUCACGUCGAUCUCAUUGAGAAGUUACUGAACUACGCGCCGCUGGAGAAAUAGCCCGGACUAAAACCCACAGCUUUCUUUCAUCUGCUCCCCCAAACCCCUGUAUAUAUAAUGGGUCAUGCUUUAGGCCCGGGGACUGUGCAGAGGACAUGCUUUACAUAUACAGUAGAUGUUCUGUUAAUUGAUUUAAGUAAUGUUUUAUAAAUAAAGUGGUUAAAUAAA